UAGCGUUUUAUGUUGUGUACUAUAACCUCCAAGUUUAUAGUUGAUGUUAGCCGGUGAAUAAAAUACUUCAUCAAUUUUUUUAUUAUUAUUAUUAAUUACUAGUACAAAACAAGUUAUUUUAAGUCAAGAUUUUUUUACGCUACUACUCACUAUUGAUAUUAUUUGAAAAUGUUUUAUCACAUAUCCUUAGAACAUGAAAUUCUUCUUCACCCGAGGUAUUUUGGACCUCAACUUUUGGAUACUGUAAAACAAAAAUUGUAUACUGAAGUAGAAGGGAACUGUACUGGAAAAUAUGGCUUCGUUGUUGCAGUUACGACAAUUGACAAUAUAGGUGCUGGUAUUAUACAGCCAGGACAAGGAUUUGUUGUAUAUCCAGUCAAGUACAAAGCUAUUGUUUUCAGGCCAUUCAAAGGAGAAGUGCUAGAUGGUAUUGUUACACAAGUAAACAAGGUUGGAAUGUUUGCAGAAAUUGGUCCUUUGUCAUGCUUUAUUUCACACCACUCUAUUCCUCCUGAUAUGCAGUUUUGUCCAAAUGUGAAUCCACCAUGCUAUAAGUCAAAAGAUGAGGAUGUUGUUAUUCAAGCAGAUGAUGAAAUAAGAUUGAAAAUAGUUGGUACAAGAGUAGAUGCAACCGGAAUAUUCGCUAUUGGAACAUUGAUGGACGAUUAUUUAGGAUUAGUAUGUAAUUGAAUGAAUGUAGAGUGUAUAAUUAGAAGAUUACAUUAAUAUUAAAAAUAAGUCCAAAUAUUUAUUUUUAAAAUGAUAUUUUGUUAUUUGGUUUUUUAAACUAAAGCGCAAAGGUCAUAUUUAUUUUAAUUAAUGACUUAAAGGACUAAUCUACUAUGCAAUGGUAAAACUACAUACUGUUUUCAUAAUUACUGGUGUAAGAGUAAAAUAAUUACAUGCAUCAAUAAAUUAAAUUUAUUUAACUUGUAAACUUGUUUUGUAAUUAGUAUCUAAUUAAAAUUUUAUAUUUUAUAACUACUUCAAUUUUGAUACCACAAGCUGUAAAUUAUUUUUGCAUUAUUAAA